AUGGCGUCGGAGCCUGAAGCAAUGGAAGAGGUUGUAAAUGGAGGAGCGGACGUUGUAAUGGAUACUGUAGUGGAUGCUGCAGUAAAUGUUGUCAUCCCUACCAAAUUCUCUUGGUUGCAACCCCAUGUCAUCUUCGUGGUCAUCCUAGUUGGUGAAGAUGAGGUCCCCUUUGGUAUCCAGAAGGACUUCCUCUGCGCUAAGUCUUCCCACUAUCGCAUCCAGUUUGCCAACAAACUGGGGGAAGAUUCCGGGCUUGAGCAUAUUGUCAAACUUCCCCAAACCACCCCUGAAGUCUUUGGCUUCGUCCAGAACUUCUUAUACACCGGGAGCCUCUUUCCCGACCCCGACACCCUCCCUGGAUAUGAAAUUCUGAUUGCCUCUUGGAAGCUGGGAAAUGAUCUAGGUAUUGAAGGUCUCUGCGACGAAGCCCUCGAAGCUAUGGCUGAAUGCAGACGUAUCACACAGCACAUUCCCGCUACGCCUCUACUUGUUCAGGCGUGGAAAGACGCUCCAGAGGGCUCCUCUAUCCGCACACUCCUUCUGAACUGGGCUGCAGAGUACAUAAGAUCCUCAGAAUCCAGACAAGAAUUCACGAAGUCUUUGCCUCAAGAGGUACUCAGUGAGCUCGUAAUCGCAAUGAGCCAUCUGAACUCUUCACCAGUCAUACAGGUUAAUCCUGUCCUGUCCCCUGCUAGCCAGGCUCAGAGGAAGAAUGUCCACUAUUUAGACCCGGAAGAUAGUGAAGACGAUGUAUACACCAAGCCACAGAAACAUCGUCACUCGGAUGUGGCCUCGAACAGGCUAACCUCUGGUGAAAGAAAGGUCGGGUCUAAGAAACCCGCACCGAGAGCAUCACUUCCUACGCCCAAGCCCGUCAAGUACAAGCGAUCCAGCUUAAAUGUUGACCUUUCGCAAUACUCCACGGAAGAUAAGCUAUGGUUCUGCGAGCGACUAUUGGGUAAGAUGCUAUCUGGACCUGGCUUCUGGACUCGUCUUGUUGGUCCUUUCCGUGAACCUGUCCGCCCUGUCGAAGAUGGCGUGCCGGAUUACCUAACAAAGAUCAAGGUGCCCAUGGAUCUUAGCACGAUCAAAAGUAAGAUGGACCGCAAAGAGUACCACGACGACCAGCAGUUCUCGGCCGAUAUUCGUCAGAUCUUCGCUAACUGCUACGCAUACCACGAACGAGGCUCCCCGAUGUGGGCUAACUGUGAGAAGUUUGAGAAGACGUUCGAGGAGAAGUUUGCAGACAUGCCUAAGGAGAUUGCAAAGAUGCUGGGUGAUAAAGCUUCUUAG